AAAGGAAUGCAGAGCAGCCAGAACAGCACAGAGACUCACAGGCUCAGACACCAGCCACUAUCUCUCCAGCCACUCUCUCCUUGAAGCUCAUCUCCUCACUCUCCACCAUGAAGGUCUCCGCAGCCCUCCUGUGCCUGCUGCUCACCAUGGCCGCUCUCACCACCCAGGUGCUCGCUCAGCCAGGUCCUUCUCCAGAUAGAGUCACUUCCCUAACCAUCUGCUGCUUUGCAUUCACCAACAAGAAGAUCCCGUUGCCAAAGCUGGCAAGCUACAAGAGACUCGCCAACAGCCAGUGCCCCAGAGAGGCUGUGAUCUUCAAGACCAAACUGAACAAGGAUAUCUGUGCUGACCCCCAGCAGAAGUGGGUCCAGUAUUCCAUGAAGAUCCUAGACAAGAAAACCCAAACUCCAAUGCCUUGAUGCCCACUCCACAACCCAAGAAUCUAAUCCUAAUUGAUUUCCUCCUAACUGUCCCUAAAUGCCCUCCGAUAUUAUUUUCUUGUAUUUUCAAAGAAUAUGAGCUUUGUUUAUUGAUAUGAAACAUGAUGUCUUAAGUAAUGCUAACCUCAUU